AUGGUAGAAAAGGGUCAAGGAGGAUCAAUAGUAAACAUCUCAAGCAUAUCCCCAAAAAGUGUUAUUGACGAUAAGUUACAUUCGGCGUACUGUCCUAGUAAAGCUUCUGUACAUAUGCUUACUAGAUGUAUGGCAUUAGAACUUGGACCUCAUAAUAUCCGUGUGAACAGCGUAAUUCCUAGUCUUGUUUGGACAGACCUAACAAGAGAGGCUGAGGGCAAACCAGAAAGAGUAGAUCAAUAUCAAGCGUUCAAACAGUUACAUCCUCUUGGAAAAUUUCUAGGUAUAAGAAAUUGA